AUGCGCGGCAGGUCUCGCGAGGCCUCCGUGGAGCUCGUGACGGAGUCGAUCGUGAGCGCCUCGGAGGCCGCCUUCGCUGUGAGGAGGCACGUGGAGAACGAGCGCCAGAAGGGGCGCGACUUCGACCAGAUCCACCGGGAGGUCCGGCGCUACGUCCGGCACGUGUCCAAACCGCUGAGGCAGGACGGCUCGUCGCCACCAGACGAGCCCGCCACCCCCUCCGAGGACGAGGAGGACGAGGACGAGGAGCGGCCCGGGCAGACGCUCCCGCCCGCGGCGCCCGCGCCCGGGCCGCGCCCGUGCAGCGUGCGGGAGCCGUUGGUGCUGGUCGGCACCUGCAACGGCUGGAGCGCGCAGGAGGCGGGGGCCACGCACUGGCUGGAGCCCGUGGGCGUCUCCGACGCGUCCUUCCAGGAGAGCGCCGUGCGGGUGGAGGUGCCGGAGGACGGCGUCAGCUUCCAAUCCUCAGCGCGCGGCAGGGCUGGGCGUGGCGCCUGUGCCCGGGCGCCGCGGUGCGCGUGGCGCUGCCGCCGCGGGGCGCGGGCGCCGCGGGCAGGGACGCGGCCAAGGUGCACGCGCGCCUCUGCACAGGGAGCGCCAGAGACGGGGCCGACUCCGUCCGGGAGGCGGGCGAGAGCUUCUUCCUCCCGUUCGAGGGCCUCCCUGCCGUGGAGGUGCGGGUCUCGCUGA